AUGGGACUUAUUCUACGUGUGGUGCUGCUCUCGCUUCUGCUCAUUGGGAAGCUUCAAGCAAACAUUGAAUCUUCAUAUGAUGGAUAUAAGCCUGUAAAUCGGGACGUGCGCUACCAGCCUCAGGGUCCCAGCUUUAAGCCACAGCAUCAGCCUCAGGCACCUAGAUAUCAGCCACAGCACCAGCCUCAGGGUCCAAGCUACAAGCCACAGCCUCUGCCUCAGCCUCAAGCACCUAGAUAUCAGCCACAGCACCAGCCUCAGGGUCCAAGCUACAAGCCACAGCCUCAGCCUCAAGCACCUAGAUAUCAGCCACAGGCACCUAGAUAUCAGCCACAGCACCAGCCUCAGGGUCCAAGCUACAAGCCACAGCAUCAGCCUCAGACACCUAGAUAUCAGCCACAGCACCAGCCUCAGGGUCCAAGCUACAAGCCACAGCAGCAGCCUCAGGCACCCAGAUAUCAGCCUCAGGCACCAAGAUAUCAGCCCCAGGCACCAAGCUAUAAGCCACAGCAGCAGGCUCAGCCCAGCUACCAGCCCAAGCCUCAGCCCAGCUACGAGCCCAAGCCUCAGCCCCAGCAGCCCAGCUACCAGCCCAAGCCUCAGCCCCAGCAGCUGGCUCAGGUUCCCAGCUACCAGCCCCAGCAGCAGGCUCAGGUUCCCAUUUACCAGCCCAAGCAGCAGGCUCAGCAGGCUCAGGUUCCCAGCUACCAGCCCAAGCAGCAGCAACAGGUUCCCAGCUACCAGCCCAAGCAGCAGCAACAGGUUCCCAGCUACCAGCCCAAGCAGCAGCAACAAGUUCCCAGCUACCAGCCCAAGCAGCAGCAGGCUCAGGUUCCCAGCUACCAGCCCCAGCAGCCCAGUGAGGGUUAUGGACCUAGCACAGGGGAUUCUUCAGGUAUGGCUUGGACCAACUAUGGAAGUCAAGAUCAGCUUAGCCACAACUAGAGCUCUUGGCAAACACCAAAGAAUCUUGGAUGUUUCAAGUAAUAGGCCUUUCUGGCUUAAGGCUUUUGACUCUGAAGAUUUUUAAAUAAAAGCACUUUGUAUUA